CACGGGAGUGUGUGAGAAAGAAAAGUGAAGAGCGGGGAUGUGGUGUUGGCAUGGAUUGCGUCAAUUUCCCGGAUUGAGUUUGGACGCCAUCUUUAAACCAGUGCUACCGGUAGUUAGAGAGUGGGGACGCUGAGCUGCUGCUCCACCAGGAACCGCCGUCUGAGACAGACCCACGGUCGAGCCUCUCCUUCAGGCCGCACAUCAUCGACAGCCCGACCUCGAACACCAUGGCAGAUCGAGAACACUUAGUAUACCAGGCCAAACUCGCCGAACAAGCCGAAAGAUACGAUGAAAUGGUGGAGUCCAUGAAGAACGUGGCCGGCAUGGACGUGGAACUGACGGUGGAAGAGCGGAACCUGCUGUCGGUGGCGUACAAAAACGUGAUCGGAGCCAGAAGAGCAUCCUGGAGGAUAAUCAGCAGCCUCGAACAGAAAGAAGAGAACAAAGGAGGCGAAGACAAGCUAAAGAUGAUCAGGGAAUACAGGCAAACGGUGGAGACUGAGCUAAAAUCAAUCUGUAACGACAUUCUGGAUGUACUGGAUAAGCACCUCAUUCCAGCUGCAAACACGGGAGAAUCAAAGGUUUUCUACUACAAAAUGAAGGGAGACUACCACCGGUACCUGGCAGAGUUCGCCACGGGCAACGACAGGAAGGAGGCGGCGGAGAACAGUUUGGUAGCCUACAAAGCCGCGAGCGACAUCGCCAUGAUCGAGCUCCCCCCGACUCACCCCAUCCGCCUGGGACUGGCACUCAACUUCUCCGUAUUUUAUUAUGAAAUUCUCAAUUCCCCUGACCGCGCAUGCAGGUUGGCGAAGGCGGCAUUUGACGAUGCCAUUGCAGAACUGGACACGCUGAGCGAGGAGAGCUACAAGGACUCCACGCUCAUCAUGCAGUUGCUACGCGACAACCUUACAUUAUGGACUUCAGACAUGCAGGGAGACGGUGAAGAACAGAAUAAAGAAGCACUGCAAGAUGUGGAGGAUGAGACCCAGCAGUGAGACUUUAUGGCCAAUACCCGAAACCUCCCUCUCUCUCUCUCCCUCCUAUUACCUCCCCUGUCUGCCCCUAGGGUUAUCUCUUCUGGUUUUUAUUUUCUUAUAAAAAAAAUCCUAUUAAAUUCACCUAUUUCAGUGGGAAUAAUAAACUUCCACGUUAAAACACAAGAGAAAAUGUAAAAGCUAAAGCUUCGAGCUGUUCCUGGUUGUUACCUUAUAUUGAUUUGUAGAACUCUGUUGCAAGCCUGUAAGGUUCGCGUCGUUCCCUUUCCUUCCUUUUUUUGUUGUUGCUUUUUUCGUUUACAUUUUUGCCAUGUCAUCAGUUGCCAGGUGUGUUGCUUGGGGUCGUCAAAGUUCACACAAUUUAACGAGUUGAUUUUUAAAACGCAAACGUUUGCUGUAACUCUUUUUCCAUAACUGUGAUGUCUUUGUGCUACUUUACGCUAAUCGUCUAAGCUUCUGGUCGCAAAUUAGGGAUGGUCGUGAAUUUUGACGGUUUUUAAAAGGGACAUUUGAUUGCCCUCUUUAUUUGUGAUUCUCUCGUUCGUUCGUUCGUUCGUUGCAAGACUCUGUUUUAUCAAUGGUGAUAGCUGAACUUCCCAUGAGUGUCUCUUUCUUUGAGAUCACCCCUCAAGUCCAGGGCAUGGACCACGCAUUUUUGUGCUCAAGAGGCUGUAGCGCUGCUUUUUUACUCAUUGCUGACGUAAGGACACGAUGGCUUGUAGCAGUUGGAGGGUGGAAAAAAGAAGAAUCUCCGUCUCUCUGAUGUUAGGUAAAGCAGGUUUGCAUUGGCACUGUCAAAAGAAAAACAACCUUUGUUUAAAAAAAGAAAAACCUGCUUAUGUCAUCUUGUAUCCCCAUUCUGUUCCAGAAUGUUCCCUUUCUCUCUUUCUUUCUCUGUCUCUGUCCUGCCCCCAUAUUUUCUCUCUUGUUCAGUAUGUGUAACUUGAAUCUGAUUUGUACUACUGGAUAUUCUGACUGGAGCCACAAGCACUGUCUGUAUUCUUACUGAAACACAGCAUGGAAAUUAACAUUAAACUUCAAACUUAAAUUAAAA